AAAAUAUGUCCAAUUGCCAAAAGGUAUUUAUUGAUUAGAAGAAGAACAUGAGUUUACAAAAUAUAGUACAAUAGCAUAAAAGAGAGUGGGUCACCAAUUUCUAUUGUUACAUUGCCCUUACCUUUUGGUUAAGGUCACAUAUCUUAGCAAUAGUUUAUUAUUUGAAAUCCAAUGGCUAAGAUGUAUUGUGGUAUGCAAUUCCUCAAAAAGUAUAGGUAUUACAUAAUUUGCCAUAAUAAUAAAGACAAAUUGAGUGGUAUACACGCUGGAAUCCAAUUUGUACUCUGUCAACUGAUACCAUAUCCCAUCAUUAACUGUGUAGAGACCAUAUCCAUACUACCAUGAACGACAUCAAAAUCCGAUUCAUCUCAACUACUCUCGUUCAGCCAGCCAAUCUCCACCAUAAGGAUGAUGGUGAUAUUAAUCACAGUGAGUUAAUCGGUGAACGACUAGACCUAACUCCGUGCGACCUUCGACUCCUCGAUCUUCAUCACAUUCAAAGGGGUCUUCUUUAUCAUAACAAGCCACCGUCCGAUUCCGAUACAAACUUCAUCCAACACUUACAAGCCACUCUCUCUCGUACGUUGGAUAUUCUUUAUCCUCUCGCCGGCCGACUCGUCAAGACCAUAAACACCGACGAUGAAACCACUUGUUUCCACGUUAACUGUAACGGAGCCGGAGUCCUUUUCGUUCACGCCGUUACUGACGGCGUCACAGUUGCUGAUAUUCUCGAGCCAGUCAUUGUCCCAAACGACAUCGUUUACCCUCUGUUUUUCUUAAACGGAGUUCCCAACUACGAAGCCGCCGUUUCAAAUCUACCUUUGUUGGCCGUGCAGGUAACUGAGCUCGUCGACGGUUUCUUCGUCGCGUGUAGUGCGAACCAUGCCGUCAUUGACGGCACGUCCUUCUGGAAGUUUAUCAACGUUUGGUCAGAAAUCUCACGCGAGGGCAGCUACGUUAAUAACGGCAUCGUUUUCAACUCAGACCGCGGCAAUUUCUUCCUAAAUCUCCCGAUCCGAGUCCCAUUCUUCUACGAAGAUGAUCAUAAACAAAACUCUUCUUCAUCAUCUUCAGAAACUGAUCUACAACAAAGGACCAUGAUCCAUUUUUCCAGGGAAAGAAUCAUUGAGCUCAAGGCAAAAGCCAACGCCGAGAUGGGGUUCACCAAUAACGAGAUCUCGUCUCUUCAAGCGCUGAUGGCUCAUCUUUGGAUAUCUGUGACACGUGGCAGGGAUCUGAAACCCUACGAUGAUGUCCUUUACAGAGUAGCAAUGGGGCUGAGGUCAAGACUGGAGCCGCCGCUGCCAGAAGGGUACCUGGGAAACGCGGUUCUUGGUGUGAACGUAGAGUGCAAAGCAGGGGAGUUAUUGGAUCGUGGAUUGGGUUGGGCGGCGGCUCAGAUUAGAGAAAAGAUUCGUUCCCUUACGGCGAUUGAAGCGAGAAAGUACUUGGAGGAUUGGAUUGAGAGGCCUACGUUAUCAGAUGUAGGAAAACUGCCGCCAAACUCAUUGUUAAGUGGUAGUUCGCCCCGGUUUAAUGUCUACGGUAAUGAUUUUGGUUGGGGAAGACCAGUGGCGGUUCGAAGUGGUCCGGGCAAUAAGAUUGAUGGUAAGCUAACGCCGUUUCCCGGGGCUGAAGAAGGAAGUGUUGACUUUGAAGUUUGUCUUUCGCCGGCUACAAUUCAAUUACUUAAUUGUUAAUUGUUAAUUGUUAAGAUUGAGGCACAUGCGGCUUACAACACCAUAAAAGUGUGAUAGUAAAAUAAGUGAGGGGUCUUUUCAAAAAAAUAAAAAAAAAUAAUGAGGGGUAAUGUUAAAUUUAAAUUUCACCAGUAGUAAAAUUUAAGUGAGAGCUGAAUUGUCUUCAUGUCUAUGUCUAUGUAAUAAAAUUUAGCGGCAAUGCACAUUAUGUGAAAA